AUGAUGCCGAGUAGAGGACUGGCGGGCGCUGUCCGUCAAGGCGCCCGUCUCAAUCGCAGAUUUGUAUGUUUGCUGGGUGCACGAGGACGACGACGAUUUGGACUUACACAAAUUAGANUCUCGACUCCUUCGAGGCCACUCGCUGCCCUCAACUCACGCUCAACGAGUCGCAUCUUCCAAGGCUCCGUGGUUUCGCUCGCCGCCCAUGCUCGUCUUGCCUCGACAUCAGCUCCCGCUGCAACUCCCGCCCUCUCUGCCGCCACGACCGCCCCUCCACCCACAUCUGCUACCGAUGCACUUGCGACCGACAGCAAUCCCUUUGACAUCACCGAUGCUACUGACUAUGCCAACUUGCCUGAGAGACUCGGUUUCCUGAAGGAUCUCGGCCUUGACUACGGUUGGGGCCCAACCUCUCUGAUUGAGUGGUCACUGGAACACGUACAUGUCCUGUCUGGUAUGCCCUGGUGGGCUUCGAUCGCCGCAACUGCUUUCCUGUAUCGUUUGGCCCUGGCUCCUAUGUUCAUGAAGGCGAGCGAAAACGGUGCCAAGAUGCGCGCAAUGCAGCCUAUCACAAAGCCCAUGAACGAGAAGAUGAUGCAAGCCAUGAGAGACGGCGAUAGAGUCACUGCCAUGAGCAUGCGCCAGGAACUCAUGCAGAUCAACAAGGCUGCUGGUGUCAGCACUUUCGGCAUGCUUGUACCUAGUGUCGUCCAGGGUGUCUUCGGUUUCUGUGCUUUCCGUCUGCUGCGUGCCAUGUCGAACCUCCCUGUUCCUGGUCUCGAGACUGGCGGUUUCCUCUGGAUCAUGGACCUGACUCAGACUGACCCAUACUUCCUUCUUCCCGCCAUCAUGGGCGGUACUCUGCACAUGGUCAUGCGUAUGGGUGGCGAGACUGGCACUCCUAUGUCUGAGUCCGCCAGACCUUUCUUGCUCUACGUCUUCCCUGGUAUCGUCUUCAUCACCACUGCCUGGCUUCCCGCUGCCCUCAACGUUUGGCUUUGUACCACCGGUGUCAUGGGUAUGACCCAGGUCCACGUUUUCAAGCGUCCCGAGAUCCGUCGCAUGUUUGGUCUGACCCCCAUGGUCGAUGCUGAACAAGCUCAACGUGAUGCUAUAGCCGCUGGACUUGUCAAGGAAGAGCCCAAGACCAUUGAUGUCAAGGCCAAAUCCUACCCUGCCGACCAGAGACCUGUCUACCAAGCACCCAAUGUGAAGUUCUCUACUAGCUCCAUGCCUCCCAAGCAGACCUCUUCUCCUACACCAUCUGCCGAUGCUGCUAUCCAGGCUCCUCAGAGUCCGUUUGACAGCGUCAAGGAGAAGGGGUUUGGUCUGUUCAACAAAGCCGGCAAGUCAUGGGACACCAUGAAGGAGGGCUUGAACGAUCAAAUCACCAGAAUGCGCGGAGCAAACAAGCCUAAGAGCAAGACACGUUCCGCCGAAUUCAUGAAGGCGGCCGAAGACUACGAGCGCAAAUGGCAAAAGUUCAACAAGAAAUAA